CGACACAAUACGAGGCGGUGAUUUCUGUUUCGUGCCCAAAGAAACCUCUAGGUCAAAUGCAGUCAGUGAAUGGGAUGUUAUAUAAAAAUGAAGCCUUUUAGCUGGUGAAAAUAAGGAAAUCAGAAGUUUUCUGCCAAUGUUUUUUUAAAAGAAAAGUUGCUCCUAACAUAUAUUAAGAAACAAGUUAAAUAGAAAUGAACAAGUCAAUUCUUUCAUUAUUUCUUACUUCAAUUCUCAUCACUUCGUCCAUUUGUUUAGAAGACGAUCCGUACGACUUCAGCAGUUCUUACUUUUGUUCGACGUGUUUCACAAACAAUCAAGAUCAAAACUAUCAUUGUUGUUUCUACUUUUUCAAGUGUUGUGCCGAAGCAAGAAGGGGCUCCAAAUCUACAACACCAGGUCUGAACUAUCCAGUACUGCCAACUCACAUCGCAUAUAUAGUACAAGACAAAAGCAUCUUACCAUGUCCCGAAACCUGCAAAGACAAUAUUGCUCUCUGCUGCCUUUCAUGGAAUUCCCAAGCUUCAAAAUCGUCUGAAUCUACUACUACAACUAAUUACUUCCAGGCUGCUCAAGAAUUCGAAGGUUAUGUGGAAGCUGACAGCAUGGUGAAGAAUUCCACAGAUGAAGUAGAUGAAUCGGCAGAUGCAUUUGCAAAUAAUUGGCCAACUUCAGAAAAUUAUCCGGACACCGAUAAACCGUUCCAUUUGGCACUGGGAGCGAAUAUUAAUCCUUCGAAAAUAGAUUCCAGCUACUUUGGUUCGACCAAAAAAUUGUUUAUUCCGCCAUCUUUGGCAUCAGGCCAUGAAUCUUAUGACUCAAAUUCGAAUAAAGAAGGAACUAAUGCGAGAACAUUAGGCUGGAUUACUAAAGAUUUGUUAAAGUUUUCAGAAGAGGAGAAAAAAUGAAACUGAUGAAAAUUUACUAAGUUGAUUCCUUUCAACUUAUUGGAUAUUUUGAGAUUGUUAUUACGAACAUUUUCGAUACUUUGAGAAGCCGAAAAAUCACAAGAAAUAUUUUCAUGAGAACUCAUUUUUAUUUUUUUGCCCUAUGCACUCGGAAAAGUAAUUCGAUACAUAAUUAUUCAUCUAAUACAAGGAUUUGUUUAUUGCUCCAAAAAAUAAGUGUAUGUAAUUGUUUUAAGUUGAAUUUUCCGAAAAAAUUAAUCUAUAUUUUCUCACCACUCUAAAUAUAUUCAAAAUAUAUAAACAAAACAUCAAAAUGAUGUACCACCUUGAAUGGUGCCUGAGAGGAGAUAUCCGAGUGCAAAGAGUUAAUUAUUUUAUUGUAUAAAUGGUAAAAAAAAUAG